GAGUCGGUGAAGGUCUAUCUAUCUCAUCACUGGCUCUGCUCUUCUCCGACUCAGCACACAGAAGAGCCAUGGGAACCUUUGAAGGACACCUGUUGCCAGGACUUGGCCUCCUCAUGUAUUCAAUCUAUUAUUCGUCGCUAAUGUCCUUGGCCCUACUCCGGAAACAGACGCUGCUCAAGCACCCCUUGCUCCCAAGGAAGCUGCUGGGUCUCGGGCUGGUUUCGCAGUUAUCCUAUGAAGCAGUGGUAAAGGUGGUUAUCCCUGCUUUUGGCAUUAUUUGUGAAUACUACUACCCCCUAGGGGUCAACCGUCUGAAGAUCAUAGACUGGAAGGACCCUCAGCGGCUGUUUGUUUUCAAGGACAACUGGCAGCAUGUAACCAUGUUUGGGUUCUUUAUUCUCAGUGGCAUAGUAGACAUUGUGAGUCAGGCACAACGGGCACCUUGGAGUGUGAAGCUGGAGCGCGCAGCUGAAGCCCUGACUUUCUAUGUGGUGGCACUGCUGAUGAUAUCCCAUAUUGAAAACAAAAGCGUCUUGGAGAUCCGAGUGCAUCUUCUGUUUGUGUUGCCUGCCUUCUUGCUUGCUCUGAUUCUCACUGUGGAGAUCUGGGUCCCUGACAAUGCCCCACUCUGGGUCCUCAAGAGCUGGAUGGGACUGGUGUUAAGCACCUGGAUGUUGCAGAUCUGUGAGAUGUAUAUACCUUUCACUGGACAGCCCUGGAGGGCAGACAACCCUACGGACCUGGCGUUUGUAACCAUUUUCUUCUGCUGGCACCUGGUCUUAGGGGUUACCUUGCUGAUUACCAUCUAUGGCCUCUGCAGUCUCUGGCACCGUCACUGUUCUUCCUGGACAAAGACUCUUGGGGCUAGGUACCAGCAGUGUCCUAUGGAAUCCAGUGGUGAAGAAUUAGAAAAGCUCAAUGCAGAAGCUAUGGCACAGGAUGGAGGUGUGUAGGAACAGGAGCCAUCUCGAGUGUGCAUGCACAUCUUGGAGUCCACAGCACAAUUCUCCAUCCCAGGAUCUAGCUUCCUUAUCCUCAAAUAAACCUUGUAGCUCCGAGGAUAACUCCUUACUUAUCACUUCGUUCCAUCCAGGUCAGUCUCCCAUCUGGUUCCUUAUCUGUACGGUUUCUGGUCAUUCAUUGGAAAGAACAAAAUUGUGCUUUCCUAUGAUGGCUUUUGGUAAAUUUUCUUAUUAAAAAAU